AUGUCUCCACAAGUGACGACUCAAAAUCAUAUAACGGAAUCACAUCGGUCGACGCUAGACACUCUUGCAAUACAGGAUCUUCGCGCCAGAAUAUUGCAGGACAAGUGUUGCCGAAAAUGCUGUCCGGAAGAUUUGGCACGACUCAGAACACAGGACUGGUGGCUCACCUCUUUUCUGCGAGCCUACAACUACGACUUGGACAUCACCUAUGCGGUGUUAUCGGAGUGUAUUCAAUGGCGGAACAACUUCCAAGUCGAACGCAUAAGCAUUCUCGGAAUGAAACCUCUUCUCGACCGUCAGCUGGCAUAUCUUCAUGGAAGGGACCUUACUGAUUGCUCUAUACGUAAGAUUUUUCACAUUAACGCAGCACUCUUUUGA